ACGUAUUUACAGGUGAACGUACCCAAGCAGAGACGCACUUUCUGCAAAAAAUGCAAAGUGCACAAGCCGCACAAAGUUACGCAGUAUAAGAAAAGCAAGGAAAGGCAUGCCUCCCAAGGACGAAGACGUUAUGACCGUAAGCAGCAAGGUUUUGGAGGUCAGACUAAGCCCAUCUUCAGAAAGAAGGCUAAGACCACCAAGAAAAUUGUAUUGAGGAUGGAGUGCACUGAGUGCAAAUACAGAAAGCAGAUCCCUCUCAAGCGAUGCAAGCAUUUUGAAUUGGGAGGUGACAAGAAGAGGAAGGGCCAAAUGAUCCAGUUCUAAGCCCUGGGUUUAAAAGUGUAACUAUUUAACAGAAAAAUUAAAUAAAUCGAUUGAGAUUUGAAA